AUGAUGCAUUGGAUCGUGAACCUCGAUGGUGGUCCGCGACGCGUGAACCAUGCGUCGGUGGCGGUGGGUGAGUUUAUCUAUUCGUUCGGUGGAUAUUGCACGGGCGAGGAUUAUCACUCGAACAGCGCCAUAGAUGUACACGUACUGAACACGCACAACAUGCGCUGGGCACCGAUCCCGGCGGUAGAGGAUGAAAAUGGUGUACCGUGCAAAUAUCCGGAGGUACCGUUCCAGCGGUACGGUCACACGGCCGUUGCCUUCGGAAGCAAAGUGUACCUGUGGGGUGGACGGAAUGAUGAGAUUGUUUGCGAUAUACUGUUUUGCUUCGAUACGAAAACCCGCAAGUGGACGCGUCCUUCGGUGACCGGUACGGUUCCGGGAGCACGGGAUGGCCAUUCGGCAUGCAUCUACGAUGAGCGGAUGUACAUUUUUGGUGGGUUUGAGGAGAGUAUAGAUAAAUUCUCGUGUGAUGUGUACUACCUCGAUCUGCGCACGAUGCACUGGACGUACGUGAACACGCUGGGAGAACCACCGUCCUAUCGGGACUUUCAUUCGGCCACCGUACUAAACCACCGGAUGUACGUGUUCGGAGGGCGGAGCGAUGCCGUAGCACCAUAUCAUUCGCAGGAGGAAAUCUACUGUCCCAAUAUAAAGUAUCUGGAUCUGAAGGCGGAUCGGUGGUACACGCCGAAAACUACCGGCGAAAUUCCUGUCGGACGAAGAAGUCAUUCUGCAUUUACCUACAAUAAUAAAAUUUACAUCUUUGCGGGAUACAAUGGCAAUAUAGACAAACAUUUCAAUGAUCUCUACUGUUUCGAUCCCGAGCGGAACGUUUGGCGGCAGGUAACGCCGCUGGGUCAAGCACCACGAGCCAGAAGACGCCAAUCUUGCUUGGUUAUAGGCAAACGGAUGUAUCUGUUCGGCGGAACAUGUCCCACAAACAACGGUGAUCCUUCGUCGUUUGAUUAUAGCGACACGCACGUGCUGGAUUUUGAACCAAGCUUGUGCACCUUGGCCAUCAUAAAGGUUCUGGAAUACAGACUCGACAUUACAGGCUUACCUCAGGACAUCAGAAUCGAAAUACGAAACAUGUCUACACCAAACAAAAUCGGACGAUCUCUAAACAAAGGUUGAACGACAC